GUCACUUCACUUGGCAACUCUCUCUUGCGGGCGGGCCACACCUGGCUGGAAUGGCGACUCGUGGUCGUGGACUGGUGCACACCCACCGCCACCGCCACCGCCGGAAACAUCCAAAGUCGACACGGCGGCGGCCGAUCCCCGCCAUUGCUCGCGCUCCUCGCCCCACCACGGCUUCGUUCCACCACGGCUAGGUACUACUCCACUAUAGUAAGACUCGGGCAUGUGCUGUCGUCCUUGCUUCGUCUGAUAAAGAAAUGCCACCGGCAAGUCGUCGCCGAUGCAGCCGCGGCCAGAUCCACAUCCACCUACCACGGCUCGCUGCCGCCCGUCGCCACCGGUCUUCCCCUCAUGCAUCCCCUCUCCUCCUCCGCCUCGGCCUCGGCCUCCGCCGCGCCGGCGACGCACCGCCUGCGCCUCUGCUGGCGCCGCCUCGGCCGCCGCGGCGCCGCCGGGGCCUUCGCCUUCGCCUUCGCGCUCCUCGCCGCAGCAUUCUUCCUCACCCCAUCCCGCGACGCCUCCGCCCGGUCCACCACAUCCUACCCGUCCUACGGCCACCGGCUCCCCACGCUCGUCGACCUCACCCUCGUCGCCGGCGCCAGGGAGAAGGGCGCCGUGUGCCUGGACGGGACCCCGCCUGGGUACCACUGGCUCCCGGGGUUCGGGGACGGGUCCGACAAGUGGCUCCUCCACUUGGAGGGUGGAAGCUGGUGCAGGAACCUGACAUGGUGCGCUCAGCGCAAGCAGACAAAUCUAGGUUCCUCUGACCACAUGGAAAGGCGGGCUGAGUUCGUCGGCAUCUUGAGCGACGACGAACUGCAGAAUCCAGACUUUUACAAUUGGAAUAAAGUGAAGGUAAGGUAUUGUGAUGGUGCAUCAUUUUCUGGGAAUGUCGAAGAGGAAUUUCAGGAUGGCACCCAAUUCUUUUUCAGAGGUCAACGUAUCUGGGAUGCAGUUAUGAGUGAACUUUUAUCGAAGGGUCUAUCACAUGCUAAAGAGGCUUUUCUUACGGGCUGCUCGGCUGGUGGUCUAUCCACUUACAUUCACUGUGAUGACUUCCGUGCACUUGUACCAAAGGCGUCUACUGUUAAGUGUCUUGCCGAUGGUGGUUUCUUUCUUGACGUGGAAGACAUUUCGGGGAGAAGAUAUAUGCGUGGAUUCUAUAAUGACGUUGCUCGUCUACAGGAUCUGCGGAAAAAGUUUCCUCAUUGCAGUUCAGAUAUGGAGCCAGGACAGUGCAUUUUUCCACGGGAAGUCGCAAAAGGCAUCCGCACCCCAAUGUUCAUUCUCAAUCCAGCAUAUGAUGUUUGGCAGGUUGAACACGUCUUGUCUCCAGAUGGGUCUGACCCUGAAAAUUUGUGGCAAAAUUGCAGAUUAGAUAUUACUAAGUGUGAUUCCAAACAGCUCAAAACUCUCCAAGGUUUCAGGAAAGAGUUGCUUGAUGCUAUAAGUGAAUUCAAGAAGAAAAAGGAGUGGGGCAUGUUCAUUAACUCCUGCUAUAUACACUGUCAAUCAAUGAACUCCUUGACUUGGCACUCUCCAUCUGCCCCUAGAAUUAACAACAAGACAAUCGCUGAAUCGGUGGGAGAAUGGUUCUUUGACCGGAGAGAAGUGAAGAAAAUCGACUGUGAAUACCCCUGCAACCCGACAUGCCACAACGCAGUCCUCGACCAACCUUACAAGGAAGAAUGAUAGACUUUUUUCGCCAAGCAUUUUGGUGAUUUUCAGCACAAUUUGCGCUACGUGUGCUCAGAAAUGCCAAUAGUUACGUUUUUGUGUUUUGAGGGAACACCGAGCUCAGAUUUGAUUCAAACAUGUACUCGAGAAGUGUUGAAAUAUAAAACUGUAGAUUUAAGAGAGA